AUGAGAAAACCCUCCCGCCGUGGCCGCCAUCAGGCACCGGAGACCUUUUUUGCACUGCUUGACUUCACAGCUAUUACUAUUGCAGCCAGUCUGGAGAUUGCCAUGGACACCAUGAUUAGAAUCUUCUGCUACUCCUGCAAGGAGGGGGACAGGUUCAAGAUCAACAAGGGGGAGCUGAAAAUGCUCUUGCAGCGACACCUCACAGAAUUCUUCCCGUGUCAAAAGGAUCCUGAGUUGGUUGAUAAGAUAAUGUAGGACCUGGAUGCCAAUAAGGACAACAAAGUGGAUUUUAAUGAAUUCGUGGUCACUGUGGCAGCUCUGACCAUUGCUUGUAAUGAUUACUUUGUAGAACAAUUGAAGAAGAAAGGAAAGACAAGUAGUAGUUUAAUCUAA